UUUCAAGGAAAAUAUUUUAUUUUAUAUAUAAAAAAAAAAAAAGAAAAAAGAUAUUAUUUUCUAUUGUCCAUUUUAUUGGGGCGGCUAUUUUUGCUGCAUCUUUUAAGCAAAAAGCAGUUUUUCAGUUGCGCAUUAAAGUGACGCGCGAGAGUCAGAAAAAAAAAACCGACGAACCGCCGAAAACCCGACGAAUGAGCGGAAGCAGCGGAAGUUCGGGGUGCUCCGGCGGCGGAGACGCAUCGUCGGCGGCGGAGAGGGAGAAGAAGAAGGAGAAGGCGCGUGUGAGCCGGACGUCUCUGAUUCUGUGGCACGCCCACCAAAACGACGCCGUCGCGGUGAGAAAGCUCCUGGAGGAGGACCGCUCCCUGGUGCACGCUAGAGACUACGACAAUCGGACUCCGCUCCACGUGGCGGCAUUACACGGCUGGAUCGACGUCGCCCAAUGCCUCAUCGAGUUCAAAGCUGACGUCAACGCUCAGGAUCGAUGGAAAAACACUCCAUUAGCUGAUGCUGAAGGAGCGAAAAGAUCUCGGAUGAUCGAAUUAUUGAACUCGUAUGGUGGGCUGUCUUAUGGCCAAAACGGAAGUCAUUUUGAGCCAAGGCCGGUUCCACCCCCUUUACCGAAAAAGUGCGACUGGGAGAUUGAGCCUGCUGAGCUGGACUUCUCAAGCUCGACUCUCAUCGGCAAGGGGUCUUUCGGGGAGAUAGUAAAAGCUUGUUGGCGAGGAACACCUGUAGCUAUCAAACGCAUCCUUCCAAACCUUUCGGAUGAUAAACUGGUGAUUCAGGACUUCAGGCACGAGGUCAAUUUGCUAGUGAAGCUUCGUCAUCCAAAUAUCGUCCAAUUUCUAGGAGCUGUUACCGAAAGGAAGCCCUUAAUGUUAAUUACAGAGUACUUGAGAGGGGGUGAUCUACAUCAGCAUUUGAAGGAAAAAGGGGCGCUCAAUCCAUCAACUGCGAUCAAUUUCGCACUAGAUAUCGCCAGGGGCAUGGCUUAUCUCCACAGUGAGCCAAAUGUUGUAAUACAUAGAGAUCUUAAACCAAGGAAUGUUCUUCUUGUCAACACAAGUGCAGACCAUCUAAAAGUCGGGGAUUUCGGGUUGAGCAAGCUUAUUAGGGUACAACAUUCUCACGAUGUCUAUAAAAUGACCGGCGAGACUGGAAGCUACCGUUAUAUGGCGCCUGAGGUCUUCAGACACCGGAAAUAUGAUAAGAAGGUUGAUGUGUUCUCCUUUGCAAUGAUACUAUACGAGAUGCUUGAAGGUGAGCCACCGAUGGCGAAUUACGAACCAUAUGAAGCUGCCAGAUAUGUGUCCGAAGGACACAGACCAGCGUUUCGUGCAAAAAGUUUCACACCUGAAUUGAAAGAGUUAACAGAUCAAUGCUGGGCAGGGGACAUGAAUCAGAGACCUUCGUUCUUGGAGAUAUUGAAGAAACUCGAGAAAAUAAAGGAAAUGCUACCAUCUGAUAACCACUGGCACAUAUUUGCAUCAUAAACGGGAAUCUGUCGAGUACAACGCAUCACGAUUCUUCGUUUUUAUAUUUUGUAUCUGUGAUUAUAAUGUUGUUAGGCUCCUCAGUUUCUUUAGUCCCACUUUAGUUACUUGGGAGUUCAUCCAUUUUCCAACCUUGAUUUUUUUGAUUACUUACUUUGUAAUAUGAAGAAGAAAAAAAAAAAAAGAAAAGUAAAAUUGUUUGCCUCA